CUGUGUUCUUCACGCUCCAUCUCAGUGAGGGCCUCGAACCACCCCGGCAUGGCGUCGCCGCCGCCGACGUGGUCGGUGACCGCGUGCCUGAGGUACCGCGGCGGGCUGGAGAUCCGCGCUGCCGCGGAGAACGUCCUCCCCGGGUGGGGCCACGGCGGCGAGCGGCUCUCCUUCCUCCUCCGCGUCCGCCGCAGCCUCCACCUCACCGUCACCUCCCAAUGCGGCCGCGACCCCGAGCCAGACAAGAAGCCGCGCGGCCUCAAGCUCCUCCGCUUCCUGCGGAGCAGCUUUGCUCGAGCGCCGCGUGUCCCCUCCCUUCUGCGCCGGAGGAAGACGCCGCCACAGCCGCGCGCCGCAGCCGUUGCCAAGCCGGGUUCUCGCGCUCCGGCGAUCCUCUCUGUCUUGGAUCGAGCGCUCAUGUGGCCGGCGACGGCGACGACGACGACGCUGUGCUUCCUCGCCGCGCUCGCCGUGGCCGCGGCGCUUCGCAUCAUGGUCGGGUUCAUGAUACCGAGCGCGAGCUGCGGGUCAUGGAGAUGUUUCUUGGCGAAGAAAUUCGUCAGGGUCUUGGGGCCUCCUCUCUUUGAGUGGCUCUCCAGGAUUAGUCUGAAACUCAUCAAGUUCUUGGAUCCUCGUUGGAGCUGGGCCUGAAGUGGCUAUUCAACAAAUGGAAAUUCGGUUACAGAGAAUCGAUUAACCAAGACUAAAUGAUAGUGAAUGUGUUUGGUUUAGUUUAGUUUAUGUUUAUCUUAAUUGAGGAGUUCGAUUGUCUUGCUGAGGUACAUGGAAGAUACUCAGGGAACUGAAUCCUUUUUAGAAUACUAUUCAAGGAACAAAAUCGCAUAAGCCUCUUCAGUGUGAUCUGAAUCUUUGUCCACUGUCUUGCACAAAAGGGAAAAUUAUUGCGAAUUUUGAA